ACCUGUUGUUUGGGUGGCUUUUUUUCCUGCUCGGAUGCACGGGAGUCCAGAGAACCCAUCCGAACGAUGAAGGGCCUCAAAGGCAUUGAGAACCCAGCUUUCGUCAGCUCCAGCCCCGACACCCCGCGCCGUUUCUCCGCGUCGCCCUCUCACGUCCAGGUCUCCGCUCUGUCCGCCAACCCCCCGAGGGAGGACGCGCCGACACACCGGCCCCCCGAUCUGCCUACCGCAGCUGCCCCCGACUCCCGGGAGCCGACCGAGCCGGAGUCCGAGUUUGAGGAGGGGCCCUGCGGAUGGGGGAACUUCCAGCCCCAGUGUCUUCAGCUGUGCAACACGCCCCAGGGGUUUCUGGUCCACUAUUGCCUCUUGGCCCUGACGCAAGGUGUCGUAGUAAAUGGCUUAGUAAAUAUUAGCAUUUCCACUAUUGAGAAGCGCUAUGAAAUGAAGAGUUCCCUGACGGGCCUGAUAUCAUCGAGCUAUGAUAUUGCCUUCUGUUUGUUGUCUUUAUUUGUAUCCUAUAUUGGCGAAAGAGGACACAAACCAAGAUGGCUUGCAUUUGCUUCCUUUAUGAUCGGACUGGGAGCCCUUGUAUUUUCAUUGCCAAAAUUUUUUAGUGGAAAAUAUCAAUUAGGGUCCCCUUAUGAAGAUACUUGCUUAAUAGCAAGGAAUAGAACCAGUUGUACCUCUUCAAGUUCUUCACUUUCCAACUACUUGUAUGUCUUCAUCUUGGGACAACUAUUGCUGGGGACAGGAGGAACUCCUCUCUAUACCCUGGGAACAGCCUUUCUGGAUGAUUCUGUACCCACACAUAAGUCUUCUCUUUAUAUAGGAAUUGGCUAUUCUAUGUCAAUAUUAGGCCCUGCUGUUGGCUAUGUGUUGGGAGGACAGCUGUUAACCUUUUACAUUGAUGUUGGUUUGGGAAAAAGCACUGGUAUCACGGAGGAUGACCCGCGAUGGCUGGGGGCGUGGUGGAUUGGAUUUCUUAUGGCUUGGUUUUUUGCUUGGUCUUUGAUAAUACCUUUUUCUUGCUUUCCAAAACAUUUACCAGGUACAGAAAAAAUUCAAGAUGGAAGAACUUCCCAGACUCAUCAGAGUAACACUUCUUUAGAACUUACAGAUGAGAAUUUUGGAAAAAAGUUUAAAGAUUUUCCAGCUGCUCUUAAGAAUUUGAUGAAGAAUACUGUCUUUAUGUGUUUAGUUAUAUCAACUUCUUCAGAAGCCUUAAUUACUACUGGAUUUGCUACAUUUUUAUCUAAAUUUAUAGAAAAUCAGUUUGGAUUGUCAUCCAGCUUUGCAGCUACACUUGGAGGCGCUAUUUUAAUUCCAGGAGCUGCUCUCGGUCAGAUUUUAGGUGGUGUUCUUGUUUCGAAAUUCAAAAUGACGUGUAGAAACACAAUGAGGUUUGCUUUGCUCACAUCUUUAAUCGCACUGGUGCUGGGUUUUGUAUUUGUUUAUGCCAGCUGUGAAAACGAGCCAUUUGCUGGUGUGUCUGAAUCAUAUAAUGGGACAGGGCACCUGGGAAACUUGACCACUCCUUGUAAUGCCAAUUGUAACUGCGUGCGAUCCCGUUAUUAUCCUGUCUGCGGCAGAGAUGGAGUCCAGUAUUUUUCUCCCUGCUUUGCAGGCUGUAAAAAUUCUGUUUCAGAAAGACGGCCAGAGGCAUAUUAUAACUGUUCCUGCAUUGAAAUGAAAACAGAAAUAACACAUCCUGGAGGAAGUUUUGGUUUUGAAGCUAAAGCUGGGAAAUGUGAAACUCGAUGCACAAAUUUGCCCAUAUUCCUUGGCAUUUUCUUUGCUGCAAUUGUUUUUACCUUUAUGGCUGGGACUCCUAUAACUAUGUCCAUCUUAAGGUGUGUUAACCAAAGGCAGCGGUCUCUGGCAUUGGGAAUACAGUUUAUGGUGCUUCGAUUAUUAGGCUCAAUACCUGGACCCAUUGUUUUUGGUGCUGCAAUAGACAGCACAUGUGUUCUCUGGGAUAUCAACGAAUGUGGAAUUAAAGGAGCUUGCUGGAUUUAUGAUAACAUCAGGAUGGCCCAUAUGCUGGUGGCCAUAAGUGUUACUUGUAAAAUUAUCACCAUUUUCUUCAAUGGACUUGCAAUCUUUUUGUAUAAACCACCACCGUUAGACACAGAUGUAUCAUUUCAAAAUUUGAACAAAGCUGCGACUGCUGACUCAGUGGAGUGUGACUUCAACACAGCAGGGAAUGAUGAAGGGUGACGGAGAAAAUGGGGAGACUGUCUGGCAGCUGGGAAACUGGCCUCCACUUAGGAGGAUGUACAUUGCCCUCACAGCAUUAUGUUCUCAAUACGGACAAUCGUUUUUAAAAAUGGGUGUUUGAUAAUUCAGUGUGUUUUUCUGUAUAUUUCUGUAUAUUUAUGGACUUUAACUUGUUUUGUUUUAAUAUAAGAAACAGACCUGUGCCUUCAAAAUCCACCAAAAGCUUCAACACACACACACACACACACACACACACAGUGAAUUCUCAUUGUCUUGGUAUGAAAUUCCCAACUAAUAUAAACUAAGCCAGAGAAAAAAGCUAAUAAUUAGUUAAAACUUAUGUGUACGAAUUUAAUUAAAUUCAUGUGUAAUGAGUUUCAAAUACUAUUAUUGAAAUCUCAUGAAUUUAAAACCAGCUAAAUAAUAUUUUUUUCAAUUUGCGUAUACUAAUAUGUUUUUUAUCACAGAAAUGUAAAGAACUAUUAGGAUAUAUGUUAAUUACCUUCUCUGUGUCCUAGUAUAUAGUGAAUUUAGAAAUAUCAGCAUUGUACACUUAUUUGCAUUUUAACUCAAAAAGUCCAGGAGGUAAUUUGUUAAUAUUGCUGGUUCAUAACACUGAACCCCUUUAUGUGAAUCCGUGAUAGUGUUGUUCAGUUACAUAUCUUCUAGAGGAAAGCACCAGCUCCAGCAAAGAAAAGUGCCAAUUAGACACAAAGAGACUUUUUUCAUGAUAGGUGCAUUUUAUUUAUUUCUUUGAAAAGAAUUUUAAUGAAUGAUUAAUGUUUAGAUAGUACUUUUAUUUUUAUCAUUUAAAAAACUGAUUAGUACAUUCCUUCUAGCACUAAAAUUGUGCUGUGCUUAUAAGUUAGGAUGUCCUAUUAUUGUUUGAUUGAAACACAUUCUUCAACUGAUCCAUUUAUCUGAGAGAUAAAAUGCUGCAGUUGUCUGAUAUUACAACACUGUUUAUUCAGAUCAGACUUCGGCCAACUUUGUCUACGCAGAAUGUGGAGAAAAUAGAUCAAUGAACAUCAUCAAAAUUGACUUCUGCCUGGUCAAGAAUUUUACCGAUUAAGAAAAUGUUCAUUCCCACCCAUUUGACAUUUUUGUGGAAUGAAGUUGCUAAUUUAAUAAGGUUAGCUUUUUUACAAACAGUGUGUUGCGUACACUGUGAUCAGAAUAACAAACUGAGAGUAAAGGUGUGAUAGGAAACCAGGAUCAGACGCACUGCUAAUUCACAGAAUGUGCAGAUUAUAUUCCAUGGUAAUCUGUGGCCAAUGGUGGUUCAAGAAACUAGUAGCAUUUAUUAAUUAAAAUACAGAAAGGAAUGAAUUAGAGUUAGGCAAGCAAGCACACCUGACUAUGAGAGAAUUAGAGGAGAGCAGAGGGUAGGAAUCAGAGAGACAGAAAAACAAACCAAGAGCAUAGAGAAAUCAGAGGCUGAAGCUCAAUGUAUAGUCAAAACCCAGGAACUGGAGAAGCAGGAAAUUCACAGCAACCAAAGACUCAGUGCAAGGUAGCAGGGAACACACAAUACCUCUAUCAGAGUCAACCUCCCUUCCCCUCGACCCGGCACAUUUCGGUGCUGCUCCCUGUGGGAGCCAACCAAGAGGAGAGUUCAGGCUUUCUGUGUCUGUGUGGAAGCAGGGAAUUGAAUAGAAAAAUUGUCUAGAUGUAAAAAAACGGCAAAUUCUGAGGAACUCAUUGAUAGUGAUGUGAAACCACAGCAAGAGAGGGAACAGAAUAACUAUGAAAACAUUCUUCUAAGGCCACUUAAUUAAGAAAAGAAAAAAAAGUAACUCCACACAUAAAAAUAGUUGGAUGAACAAGUCACUAAAUAAUUGGCAUACUUAAUGGUUUUAGUUGUCAAGGAUUUUAUUGUAUUCUGGGUACUUAUUUCGUGAUACAUUUUACAAACGUUUUAGUAAUCAUCAAAGUAAAGAUUUUGGCACUUGAAGGACAUCAGUCUCUUAUUUAUAAUAUACAUAUUUACAGAGAAUACCUCCUUUCAUGAUAGGGCAGUAUAGACACUACUGUAAUUUAUAAAUGUUGUUUAUACUUUUGGGUUUACCUAGAUGACGUGGGUUGGUAUUAUGCUACUUUUAAAACACAAUUUUUCAUAAUUUGUGUUUUUCACAAUUUAUAAUGAUUUUUUAAAUAAGCUUGAAUCUACAAGUGUGGUGAUUUUUGAAUGCAAUUAACUGCAUAUGUCUUAUUUUUAACAUUUUUUAACAUUUAGAUUUUCUUACUGUAAGAAAUCCACAUGUAAAACUUAUACAGGGAGAAAACUGUAUACAGGUGAUUUAGCUCUGUAAAUUGGAGGAAAAUAUACAUAAAAUUUUAGCUCUAUUUUCUUUCCAGAUUUUUAAAUUGUGAACAAUUAUGCAAAAUGUAUAAUUAUGCCUUCCUUAAACUCAGACUUUAUAAUAGAUUUUUGUGUGUUUAACCUUCUUAAAUGGUAUGGAUUUCGAAAUGAUUGAUCUGUUUAUGACUACAUACACAAAUGAUGGUGGGAGAGGGAAAACCAGAGUACUCUUGAACUUGUUCAAUGUAAUUUAGUUAAUCUGGUGAUUUCUGUUUUCUCAACAGAUGUAUACCUCAAUACAAACCACAUACUUUAUGAAAUGCAUACAAAAAUUCUCCACACAAUAGUUUUCAUGUAUGAAAGAUGGAUAUGUAAUAUUCAUAUGAGCAGGAUACAUGUUACAGAUGGUGGGUUGUGAAAUACCUGACACUGCGAAAGUAGUGUUUUGGAAAAGUUAUAUUUAAUUCAUCGGGUUAUCAAAAUCAUAUAAUAGAUUUAAAGGGAUCAGAUUGGACAUUAAUUUGAGAUGUAAUGUUUUUUUGCCCCUCACUACAACACAUUCAGUCUCCUCCGGUCUUUUUUGUGUGUGCCCAAUCAAUAAACAUGAACUUAUACAUUAUAUGUGAGUGAUCGAAAGUAAA